UAAUUGAAAUGAUGCUAAUUUAAUCAAAAACAGAAUGAUGGUCUUUUUGAAAAAAAAAUUUGCAAAGAAGCUAAUUUUAUUGGUUAUUUAUAGAAACGUAGUGAUGAUAAAAUCAAGCAAAGACACACGAUACGCGAAAGAUUCAGUUGUGACACAUGAUGGGGUCAAGUUUCCCUGCAUGGUUUUGCCAGAUCUGAUGUCGUUUCGACAAAGAUACGGAGAGAACGCUUAUGACAAGUUGGAUGUGAUUGGUAUCGACGAGGCUCAGUUUUUUGAAGAUCUUUAUGAUUUCUGCUACAAGGCUGCUGAUGAGGAUAGAAAAAUUGUGAUUGUUGCAGGACUGGAUGGUGAUUAUCUGAGAAGGAGGUUUGGGUCAGUGCUUGAUGUGGUACUCCUGGCCGAUUCUGUAAUAAAGUUGAGCGCUCGGUGUGAGAUUUGUGGGAAAAGGGCAUAUUUCACGCUGAGGAAGACGCAGGAUACCCAGACAGAGCUGAUCGGCGGAGCUGAUGUAUACAUGCCUGUUUGUCGGCAGCACUACGUCAACGGUCAAGUAGUCGUUGAAGCUGCAAAGAAUGUCCCAGAACCUCGCCAAUUCAAUCUUCAACCUGCUUCACUUCUCUUUUAAAUGCCUCUGCUCUUUCCAUCAGGCGUCUGAUUCUUGUCUCAGUUUCUAGUCCACCACAUAUAUUUACAGUCUCGCUGCAUCCUCAUUAUGUAUAUACAGUUUUUAAAAAAACAUUAAAACUAUCUAAAUUUUUUUUAAAAAUAAAUUAUAA